UUAAAACAAGAUUUCACAACAGAAUUUUUAUUUUUUGAGGAUAAACAAGAAAAUGGACUUGAAGAAAAUCUACAAUUGUCUAGGGACAACGGAAAUAAAAUUGUUUAUUAUAAUCCAACAUUUUCUCAAAGUUCUGAAAGUAAUAUGCAUAACAAUGUUCAUUCUAAAGAUAAGCCAUAUAAGUGUGAGGUCUGUCUUAAAAGGUUUUCUCAAAGUUCUAACUUAAAUAAACAUAAAAAAAUUCAUACAGGAGAAAAGCCAUAUAAUUGUGAUGUUUGUCAUAAAAGGUUUUCUCAUAGUUCUGGUUUAAGUUAUCACAAAUAUGUUCAUUCUGAAGUUAAGCCGUAUGAAUGUGAUGUUUGUCAUAAAAGGUUUUCAAAUAGUUCUAACUUAAAUCAACAUAUUAUGAUUCAUUUAGGAAAAAGGCCACAUAAAUGUGAUGUUUGUCAUAAAAGAUUUUCUACAAAUUCUUAUUUAAAAAAACAUAAAAAAGUGCAUUCAGGAGAUAAGCCACAUGAAUGUGAUGUUUGUCUGAAAAGAUUUUCAUAUAGUUAUCAUUUAAGAGAACAUAAAAAACUUCAUUCUGGAGAUAAGCCAUAUGAAUGUGAUGUUUGUCAUAAAAAGUUUAGUCAGAAGAUAAAUUUAUCAUAUCACAAAAAUGUUCAUUCUGGAGAUAAGCCAUAUGAAUGUGAUGUUUGUCAUAAGAAGUUUUCUCAAAGGUCUAACUUUAGUACACAUAAAAAGAAGCAUUCAGGAGAUAAGCCACAUGAAUGUGAUGUUUGUCUGAAAAGAUUUUCAUAUAGUUAUCAUUUAAGAGAACAUAAAAAAGUUCAUUCUGGAGAUAAGCCAUAUGAAUGUGAUGUUUGUCAUAAAAGGUUUUCAAAUAGUUCUAACUUAAAUCAACAUAUUAUGAUUCAUUUAGGAAAAAGGCCAUAUGAAUGUGAUGUUUGUCAUAAGAAGUUUUCUCAAAGGUCUAACUUAAGUACACAUAAAAAGAAGCAUUCAGGAGAAAGACCACAUGAAUGUGGUGUUUGUCAUAAAAUCUUUGUGGAGAAGAAAGAUCUAUUACGACAUAAAAUUAUUCAUUCUGCAGAUAAACCAUAUGAAUGUGAUGUUUGUCUGAAAAGAUUUUCAUUUAGUUAUCAUUUAAGAGAACAUAAAAAAGUUCAUUCAGGAGAUAAACCACAUGAAUGUGAUGUUUGUCAUAAAAGGUUUUCUAGAAAUUCUAAUUUAAAAAAGCAUAAAAAGGUUCAUUCAGGAGAAAGGCCACAUGAAUGUGAUGUUUGUCAUAAAAGGUUUUCUCAUAGUUCUAAUUUAAGUAGACAUAAAAAGAUUCAUUCAGGAGAAAAGGUGUAUAAUUGUGAUAUUUGACAUAAAAGGUUUACUCGAAAAUCUAACUUAGGUAAACAUAAAAAGAUUCAUUCAGGAGAACAGGUGUAUAAUUGUGAUGUUUGACCUAAAAUCUUUGCAAAUAAGAAUAAUCUAUUACAGCAUUAAAAAGUUCAUUCAUUAAAAAGGUCACAUGAAUGUGAUGUUUGUCAUAAAAAAUUUGUGGAUAUGAAGGAUCUCUUACGACAUAAAAUUGUUCAUUCUGGAGAUAAGCCAUAUGAAUGUGAUGUUUGUCUGAAAAGAUUUUCAAAUAGUUCUCAUUUAAGAACACAUAAAAAGGUUCAUUCAGGAGAUUAACCUCAUGAAUGUAAUGUUUAAUAUAAUGUUUUCUCAAUAUUCUAAUUUAAGAACACAAAAAAAGAUUCAUUCAGAUCAGGGGUCUCCAAACUACGGCCCACGGGCCAGAUGCGGCCCGCGAGGUCCUUUCAUCCGGCCCACGGAGAUCUUUUUGUUUACGGAAAUCUUUAUGAUUGUCUGCUAACAGGAUUAUAGUCAUACGCUCCUAAUUAUGAAGCUCUGGCCAAUUAACUGUGAUGCCAAAGAUCACAUUGACUUUAUUAUAUUUUUUAAUUAAAUGUUUUCUUUGUAUUUAUGUAUUGUGUUUACAAAACGUACAGAAAGUAGGUGAGUCGAAAUCUAUAUCAUGAUUUUAUUAAGUUCAUGUUUGAAAAUAAGAUUAGCAUAAAUAUGUCAAACCGAAAAAUGAUUCAAUUUUAUAUUCCACUUUUUUCAACAAUGGGAACUUUUCUCACUUCGGACUUUCUGCCUGUGAAGGCACUAGCCGUUCCAGGUUAGCGUAAAUAGUGCAGUCUGGCUCGCCGCUAGACAAGUUUUGUAAACACAUUUCUCUGUGUGUAUGCAAUUUGAAAAAAAUGCCAAAUAAUUUUAUUAUUUUGAAACAUUUUUGUUUAUUAUUUAUGAAUACAUUAUGACUAUAAGAAAAUAAUAAAUUAUUGGAAAAUGACAAGUUAUGGAAGGAGUUUGUCGAUUUAAAAUAGGUGGUGCCCGCCACCCUACCGAUAUUUUAGAAUGUGCUCUAGAGUAAAGAAAGGUUGGGAACCCCUGAUGUAGGAUGUACAAUUUAAAGAUUAACCACACAUUUCAAUGCCAUAAAUGACAUUAAUUUUUUUUUUACAGCAUAAAAAUUAUAAAUAUGAAGAAAAGGAAGACUAGAGCUGCCAUUUUUACAUUUUGGUAUCUUAGUUUCAACAUAAUGUAAUUUUUGGCUAGUUAUUAUUUAAUUUUGUAUUCCUUACUAUUAAAAAAAAUAGCCUUGUAAUGUAAAUUCUAAUGUAGUGAAUCU